CGUGCUUCUUUACCUGCUGGGGGUGGUCAAGCAGCUGCUUUUCACGUUGCCAUGUGGACUAGUUUAGACAACACGGUGGAUAAACUGGAGCGUUUUUUGCUUCAUUGUCGCCUACUUGGACUGACGCUUCUCAAACAGAAAGAUACGGCCGCCGGUGCAGUCCCGACAAACGCUGUGUGUCGUAUCGGAGAAACUGUGGAUUCGCACCCGAGUUUGGCUGAACUUCUCCUAGAUCAGAUUGCACACGAUAUGGGACGUGGGUCAGAAAAUAAGAACAUUCGGACCGCUGUAAUACUUUUGUUUGCCUCCGUCCAUCUGACCAGUGACCAAUUACGAAUUGAUCCCAGAUUACCUGAAUCGCAGAUUCAUGAUGAUUCCCCCGCUCCAUCCCAACGCACUGCACUCAAUGCUUUGCUUGAGCUCCGUUCCGAUCUUGCCGUAAGUGAGGGUUUCCUCGGGUGGGCUUCAAAGCUUCUAGCUGAGAAGCUUUCAAAGGCUGCCAGUCAAUCUCCACAAAUUAAAGAACCACUGGAUGGAGAGUACCCGAAAUUACUCAAAUUAAUACUGGAUCUGGAACGCCGGUUACGCCAGACACAACUCUUCUCAGAUUCACCAACCAAUUCCGAUUUGUCGAACAGCACAGCUCAAUCAUUGGAUCAACAUCCACAACAGCACCAACAACUUCCGAUGUGCAUGCUGCGUGCGCUGAGCACAUUCGAAACAGCUUAUCUCUCACGCAGUUUGUCACGUCUGUUCGAUCGGGUGGCUAUGGCUUUUUCGUCGAGCACAACCAACACCUCAUCUGUGCCGGAUUCGAGCGAGGUUGACGGAAUCGUACAAAGCGCCGUGAAUGAGCUGGCGUACGCCACAGUGCACUAUGAGUUAUUGUGUAAGGUGUCCAGAAAUGUAGCCAAAAUGGUCGCUCUUUUCGCUACAAAAGUGGAGGGUUUAGUUGCCGUGGGACUUUCCGCGGAACAGUGCAUGGACGCUCAAACGCCUGGGCAGCAAAAUAACAUCCGUUUGGUUAAUCUGCUUUGUGCGUUUGGAACCCAGCUCGAGCUGACUUGUAACCGACGCCUGCGAAACUUGNGCCUGCGAAACUUGCCCGUGUUGCAAACAGCUCCAACGCACGUUGCUCAUUCUCCGUUUGAAGUGAUUCAGGAAGCGGUUAAAACUCGUCUAAAUUCGCUGUGUCUGUCCAUUUUGGAUCCAUUGUUACGUGCAAUUGGUGAAGCGUUGGAAGAAAUACUGGGAACAAUCCAUGGUGAGAGCUUUGAUAAUUCCAAUCCACGACCGGCAGGAUCCAAGUAUAUGAAGAACACCCAAGAUUUCAUUGGUAGGGUAAGACGGCAGUACUUAUCCGGAUUAACGCGUUCGUUGUCAUCCAGAACUGUUAGCAGCGCCACGGGGUCUGCGGAACCACGAUUUUCCGGUUUGGGUGAGAGUUGUUUCUCUUGCGGUGAAGCAGCUUUGCAGGAUGCCAUUCGACCCUAUCUUGGUCGUUGGAUAGACUCUUUUCUGUUGCACAUCAGUUUGGUUCGACCUCUGAGUGAAACUGGACAGAUGCAGCUGGCAACUGACUGCGCCGAAUUCGAGUUGGCUCUGGCUCCACUUACGAUGCCCAGUAUGAGAUUUUCUCUGGCGUCUUUGGUGCCUGAACAUUAUGCCAAACUUCGUGCGUUCCGACCCGUGCUGACCACACCGACAGAACAGAUAGUGGAGUCGUUCACCAAACUACAGAAGGAGUCAACCGGAUCGACCAACAUUGACACUCGCCUUUCACCAAGUCUGAUUUGCCAACACUUGUUCAGUCGAGCCCCAGACGAGAUCCGUUCGCCCCAUGAUGCCGCCGGUUGGUCGACAUUACGCUACGUGGCAUGGGUUCAGUUCCGUGGCACCGCAGAUCCAUUUUGCUGCACACGAAAGAUUGUGUACAAACGAGCUAUCUAUCAUGAAGGUGGAAAACAGUGA